UCAGUUUUGUUUGGAUGUAAUUUCAGUUGUUGAAAAGUUAUUCACAUCUCCUUGACCUUGAUCCCCUGCGUCUUAGGCAUCGAGGCUUUCGGAAAGAUAGCUCCUGAUCUGCCAAAUCAAUUCUAUAACUUGGUAUUUUAUCAUAUGGUGUUUUUAUGGUAAGUACAAAACUAAUAACCUGCAGCAGAAGGCGUACUUUAUAUCUGAAGCUGUUAAAAGAUCAUUUAAGUUGCUUGUUAAAGGUAAUUAUUUAUGAUUGGUCUUAAAUUGCAUAUCUUUGACUUAUGAACAUGAUUAUAUUGUAAUCAGUGCACAGAACUAGCAUAGCUUUACCUAUAUUUAGGAACUGAUCUCGGCAAGAGAUCAUUAAUCUAUUUUCAGCGUGCGGAUAGAAACAAUUUGACGAUUGGUGGCAACUUUAAGAAAGCCAGCCUCACCCCUUUUGACCCCUUUCCCCUAAUAUUUGCUCAACGUGCUGCCCCCUUUGAACUGAAUUUAAGUUGUUUUUUUUAUUUAGGCGCGCUACUUUUUUUUCUUUAAUUGUUAAACACCAACCGCCACCAUUUUCAACCAUAAAAUUGAUUUGAUCGAGCGUUGGGGGUUAAACCCUGCCUGGUCUCGCUCGAACAACAGGCAAAAUAGAUCCUGGGGUAGGAAAAAGCAGCCCAAGACCUCCUUGGCGCCCUCUACGGCAAGUCCAAGGAUGGAAGCGGCAAUGGCAGGGCUUGAGGCAGCAUCGGGUAAUCCGUAUGCAUCCACCCCACGGCACUACGGAAGGUCAAUGUCUCAUACCCCCAGUGGAGGAAACAUCUCUGGCGCUAUGAGCAACUGUCGGUCUCUACCUCGACUCCUUGAGCAAGGUGAUGACAGCAGUGACAGCGGGGAAGACAUGGCAAGCGAAGAUCCUGGAUGGGAACGCGUUGUCAUCAACGUCAGUGGUCUCCACUACGAAACACACCUCAAGACUCUGAACCAAUUUCCAAACACUUUACUAGGAAACCCUGAGCGAAGGAUCAGGUAUUUUGAUCCCAUUCGGAACGAAUACUUUUUCGAUCGUAAUCGACCGAGCUUUGAUGCCAUUUUGUACUAUUACCAAAGUGGGGGACGGUUGCGGAGGCCUGUCAAUGUUCCUAUAGAUGUCUUCACAGAGGAAAUAAAAUUCUAUGAACUGGGCGAUGAAGCAAUGACAAAGUACAGAGAGGACGAGGGCUUCAUUCAAGAUGAGGAAAAAGUAUUGCCUACGAAUCCCUUGCAAAAGAAAAUGUGGCUUCUAUUUGAAUAUCCCGAGUCUUCUAGAAUGGCUAGAGUUGUAGCAAUCAUUUCUGUUAGUGUAAUCCUUAUAUCAAUUGUAAUUUUCUGUAUGGAAACAAUGCCAGAGUUCAAAGACGCGCGUAAGAUGACGGAGAGUGGAUCAGGGGUUACUACUUGUGGAGCGACUAUGGCAGCGACUACGGUGCCCACGCCAACUCAAUCAGGCAAUAGAACGAUGUCAUCGGAGGAAGCAGAUGCUGCCUUAAAAAGUGCAGAACUGGCGGCAUACUUCCGCCACCCGUUCUUUGUGAUCGAAACGUGCUGCAUUGUUUGGUUUACUUUCGAAAUUCUGGUUCGAUUUCUGUCGAGCCCAAGCAAAUUGGCCUUUGCAAAAAACGUCAUGAAUAUCAUUGACAUCAUAGCAGUACUUCCAUAUUUUAUACAAGUGGGCACCAUGAUCGCCCAGUCAUCCACAGAUACUAACAGCCAGGCUAUGUCCUUAGCCAUCCUUCGUGUUAUCCGACUUGUUCGCGUAUUCAGAAUAUUCAAGCUUUCGAGGCACUCUCGGGGCUUACAAAUUCUUGGUCGAACUUUAAAGGCCAGUAUGCGUGAGCUAGGCCUGCUCAUAUUCUUCCUGUGCAUUGGGGUUGUCCUAUACUCAAGCGCCGUCUACUUCGCCGAUGCUGACAGCUCGGACGAAAACGGCGAACCUAUCUUUAAGAGUAUCCCCGAUGCCUUCUGGUGGGCAGUAGUCACCAUGACAACUGUCGGUUAUGGUGACAUGAAACCCAAAAGUACAGGUGCUAAAAUCGUAGGAUCGCUCUGCGCAAUAACGGGCGUACUGACGAUCGCGCUUCCUGUUCCUGUAAUCGUGUCCAAUUUCAAUUAUUUUUACCACCGGGAGGACGACGGUGAGGAUUCCUCAAACUACUCACAUGUAUCAAGCUGUCCGUUCCAACAAGCGCCCUCUAUUGACGAUAAAAGUGAAGGUAAUAGUGAGUUGGAUCAACAUGAUUUUGUGGAGAUGGAAGAGGGGCUAUUAGAAUCGUCAAGUAGGAAAUCUAAUCACAAUGGUAAUUCAAAGCCAAAUAAUGUUCAGGGCAACUGUAUAAGGAAUAAUAAUCUUAAAAUGCUUAGCAUAGAAACAGAUGUCUAACUAUGGCUAAUGAUAUUCUUUUUUGUUUGAAUUUUGUACAACUUGCCACUAGUACCUUGCAUUGCAAUAAAUGGAGUUCUAAGCCUUGCUGACAUGAAUUCGAAAUUACAACUGAGAUUAAACAAUAACAAGAACGACCAUUCUAUAGAGAUUACAAUGAUUUCAUGCGUGCGCGCGGUACCAUUUACCGCGCCGCAGCUAACAAGCAUUUCCCCCGGUAAUUGAUGUC